AUGGCGUGCAGGCGAGCAAUAGCCCUCAUUUCCAUGGGUCAACGGAGCUGGGCGCGCGGCGCUCUGAUCCGCCACAACUUUCGUAGUGUAAGUGUGUUUGAAGUUUGGUUAAGUGUUUGAUGUUCUUUAGAGUCUAUAUAAUGGACUUUUGGUGAUGAUAUUUUUUGGGGGGCUUUUUACCCUUAUUUUUUGGAAUUUUUGCGUUUUCGAGCUAAUGAAACGAAGGGAAAACGGGUAAAUCGAGGUGAAAAAACUGUAAAUUUGGGAGUUUCAAGGGGAAUGUGGAGUGACUCCACUGUGGUGGUCGCUAAUUUGGUCUUGUCUGCUUGGACUGAUUGAUUUUUUAGAUGAAAUGUUUAAAUUUUGGGGGUUUUGUGGUCUUUGAAUAAAGGAGAAUUUAUUCUUUGGAGAUUGGGGGGUAAAACUGAACAGUUUAGAUUGAAAAAUAAUCUGAUACUUUGUUGAUCAGCUCUAUUCCCCGGUUACAAGGGAUUUUGAGAGGUUUCAGGUCUUCGUGGUGGGACCCACUGGGUCUGAAAACGAAAACUGGAAAAUCAGCUGUAAAUGGCUUAAAAUUUGUCAGUAAUGUUCAUAACUCCACUUCUAAAUAUUUAUUCGCGUUUUUAUCGUCAUACAACAUUUUAUUUUUAUGACGUGUUUGAGGCCCGGCACGAGAACUUGAAAAAUUUUUGUUUCGUUCAAAUGAAUGUACCUUUGAACAACGCUUCAUUCAAUUUAUGACGGAAGGAAUUAAUAAACUGAAUGAAGCGUUGUUGAUUGUUUUUGGUCGUUUUGGACGACUUUGGACAUAAGUUUUGAGCGAAACAAAAAAUUUUAAAGUUUUCGUAUCCGGACUCAAAACACAUCAUAAAAAUAAAAUGUUUUAUAAUGAUAAAAACGCGAAUAAAUAUUUGGAAAUAGAGUUUGAAACAUCACUGACGAAUUUUAAGCCAUCUACAUCCGCUUUUCCAGUUUUCGUUUUCAGACCCAGUGGGUCCCACCACGAAAACCUGAAAACUUCCAAACCCUAUUGAAACCGUCUGAAAUCGAAUUGUAGACAUAGGAAUUGCAUCCGUACGUUUUAUUCAUUGCUUUUUGUUGCGUUAUCACUCCGAAAAAAGUGUUGAUUGCUCUUCAAUGAAAUAUUACCCAAAAAAAAGCGCGUUCCGUAUCCCAAAAGUCACAUUUCUUGCGCCUCGAGCGCCCACUGCUCUUUCACCCAGAAUACAACUUUUAUAUUGCCGUAAAUUGGGCGAACCGUCUCAAGGGUUGUUGCUGUUUUCAGGCAGUCGCCGCUUAUCAACCCUCCCGACCGCUCUCGAACUCGGCUACGCUCCAAACACUCACCGACAAUACGAUGUUGGGCCAGAACGACAAGGCCAAGAACAUUAGAAUGGCACAGAAGAGGAGCUACGGUAGGUUUGAGAGAUGAAUAUUGAAAUUUUGGAUAUUGUUUUAGGUAGAAAUGAAGUGAAAAGAGCUUUUUUUGAAUUUGAGUGGGGUUUUGGACAGUUGCCUGAGGGAAUUUGUGGUUUUUAAGGAACCAUGGGAUGUGUUUUACCUGUUUUUGCCGGUAUUUUUGACUUUCCCUGAUUUUCAGGGAUUUCGUGGUGGGACUCAAAAUUUAUUUAAAUAAGUGGUAAAAUACGACUUGUAGAACCGCAAUUAUAUUUGCACAGAAAGAGUAAAUUUUGUAAAUUUAUUAACGGGAUUUUUAAAAUUUCAAGUUUUCGUUGCGAGACCUGAAAUGAAAGAAAAAAAUCAAAAAUUUUGAAAUAGAUAGGUAAAAUACGUUAACAAAAGAAUAAAAAAAUGUUUGUGAAGUAAAAUCAUGCGAACCUUUGUGGUCAAUUUUGGGAUUUUGAAUCAAAUUUUAUCAUAAAAAAUGCAAAAUUUUGCGAUUUUUCUUCUCAUUUUUCAAUUCCAGGCUACCAAACCAACCUCCCAAAACUCCCGGUUCCCGGCCUCGAAGAGACGGUCCAAAAGCUCGUCGAUUUCGCCAAAGUCAUCCAAUCUCCCGAAGAUUUUAAAGUCACUCAAAAAGAAGCGGCCGACUUUCUGAAGGACGAGAAUGCAAGAAAACUCCAAGAUUUGUUGCAACAACGCGCGAUGCGCCUCGAUAACUGGCUGACCCCGUGGUGGCUGGAUGCCGCAUACCUGGCGGGCCGUGAUCCACUGCCAAUUGUGACCAGCCCCGGCAUGACCAUGGCUUUUGGGGACUUUGAAGGAGAGGAAGGCCAGUUGGAGUACGCGGCCAAGCUGAUUCAAGCCGCUUUGGACUUUAAAAAAAUGGUCGAUGAGUAAGUUGGAGGGCAUAUUUUGAGAGGGUUUGGGUUUGGAGAAGUUUUGAAGAAUUGUCCUGAUCUUCAGGGAAGUCGUGGUGGGACCAAAAUUGAGCUUUUGAUUGGAUUCUUGGGGUUUAUAGGGUCUAAAAUACUCUAAAAAUUGCCUUUCUUGGUCUUGUACUACCUGUUUUUGGAUUCUGGAAAAUUUUGCGCAGUUUCCGUGAUUUUCAGGGAAGUCGUGGUGGUACCAAAAAUUGAGUUUUCUUUUGGGAUUCUUGGGGGUUAUAGGGUCUAAAAUACUCUAAAAAUUGCCUUUUUUGGUCUGUUGCUAUACAGGGUGCGCCAAAAAUAUUGGGACUCAUAUUUUUACUUGCCCUGCGGGCUGUAAUGGUACAAGAGCAAAGUGGUCGCUUGUGCAAACGUGCAAUGCUCCCAAGAAUCUACCUUCAAAGUUUCAGACAGAGUAGUCGUAUACGACACCUGUUCUGCCAUUAUAAGUGCUCACAACUUAGGCCCCUGAGACACGGACCCCAAAAUGGAUAAAAAUUGGAAACACUAGUUUUACCGUUGCAUGCUAUGGCAGAAAUUCACUUUAUAUGACAGAGUAGCGGUCGCUUUUUAUACACUAAAAAUGAUUUUUACUUAUAAUGGCGAUUACAUCUUGUCUGACUAGUCGUCUUUGAAAAUUUAUUUUUUUAUCUUCUGCUUCUGGGGGAUGAAAUAGUGACUACAGCGGUAGAAUUUACUCUAAGGUUGCUCGUCAAGUGAGCUUGGACUGAAGAUCGCUAAAAGUAAUUCAGUUGUGUCAGCAUGUAUCCCGAGUACAGCGUUACGUCGAUUUUUACGCUCAAGUACUUUUCAACUUGUAGUAAACUACCAAAAUAUAUCAAGCUUCGAAGGACCGUGCCUCCAAUCCGCACCAUAAAGUUUUUUCCAUACAGAAACUGUCCCCUUGUAGGUGUAGAUUUUCUUUUACAGUAUGACAAUUCCCUAUGUACACACUCUAUAACCACAAAAUUUUAGAGCAACACGGGCGAUACUGUGAUAUUGAGAUCGUUAAAAACAUAAAAAUCCGAACUUUCGGGAUUUUUUUUUGUUUUUUCGACCAGCGCCGCCAUAUCGGUCGUCAACCAUGAUUACAUACGUUGUUACGAAGUGAAUAUCAUGUGCUUUAUACACAAUAAAUUUGAAGGAUCUUACUUUCACUUAGCGGAAAUAAUGGCCAAAUUGAUUUCCCGGUCAUCCACUUGAAAAGAACAUUUUGGUCCCCCAAAAACUUUUGAAUAUUUUUUCAAGUUUACAAUAAGCCCUAACCCUGGCAUUACCGUUGCCGUAUAGCAAGACUGUUACCCUUGCCAAAACGGCCAAAAGUUUUGAUUCCAAGGCCAGCCGAAAAAAGCUACACGGAAUGUAUUUUUGUCCCAAUAUUUUUGGCGCACCCUGUAUAUUUUUGAAUUCUGGAAAAUUUUGGGCAGUUCCUUGAUCUUCAGGGAAGUCGUGGUGGGACCAAAAAAAGCAAAAUUUUGCCCUAGAAAUGGUCGAAAUGUCUUAUAAAUAUACUCUGUCUAAUUUUAAACUUAUUUUUGUCAAUUUUUCAGAAAAUCUCUGACUCAAGACGGCGGAAAUACACCUUUUGACAUGAGUCAAUUUGAUAAUAUCUUUGGAACAACUCGAAUCCCCAGACCGGGAAAGGACAUCCUGAGGUACGGCAGGGACUCCCCCAACAGAGUGAACCACAUUUUGCUCACCAGGAAUGGACAUGUAAGUAAAAUUUUAGGCUUUUUUAUAUUUGGGUCUAGUAUAAUAUAAUAAUUUGGUUAUUUUGAUCUUCAGACCUUCCGAUUCCCCGUAUACUCAAAGUCGGGACAGCCUUUGGGCCUUCAACAGCUCGUCCACAACUUCAAAAAAUAUAUCUUACCGGCCAGCCAGGAGAGAAACCCAGAACCGAUCAACUUACUCUCGGCGUCGGAUCGAGAAACCUGGGCACCGGUGUACAUGAAAUUAGCUAGUAAGUUGAUUUAUGAUGUGUUGAGGACCCUGUUUUUUAGUAUUUCAGUAAAAAGACGAUUUUUUCAAAUUUUUAGGUCCCACCACGAAAACCUGAAAUUCGAAAAAUUGGCCUUUUUUCGUUGGAAUUGUUAUAUUUUCUGAAGGAAUUGAAUUUAUUUUAAGUUUGAAGAUGUUUUACGGCCUGAAAAAACUUUUUUUGAAGUAAUUUUGGGUCCCAACACGAAAGUUUUAUUUUUCGAAAUUUUCGAUUUUUUGAUCGGAAAUGGUAAAAUAUGGGCAAAAAAGACUAUUAGUUCCUAAAAUAUCCCUUUUUGUUCAAUUUCCGAUAUAAUUUUUGUAAUUUUUACUGUUUUUUUAGAGAACAACGCCGCCGAAAUCGAGGCCUUCGAGGACGCGCUGUUCGUGAUGUGCCUGGACAACGCCUACCCCAUCCCCACCGGCUACAAUCGCCGCGAAGCCAACAUGAUGAACGCCCUGCACGGCGGCGGCGCCAAACAGAACACGGUGAACCGCUGGUUCGACAAAUGCCUCCAGUUCUACGUGAGCCCCAGCGGCGCCCUCGGCCUUUGCUACGAACACACCCCGGCCGAAGGCCCACCGGUCGCCAGACUCCUCGAUUAUUGUCAGGAUCGCCUCAAAGCAGGCCAGUUCAAUUACAUCACCGACAAUUGUGAGCACAAACCCAUCCGAUUGAACUGGAGAUUGACCGAGCUGGACAGAUCCACUCUACAUGCAAAUGUGGAGAAGAAUGAUGAGUAAGUGGAGGGAAUUGGGCGGAUUUGAGGUGUUAUAAGGGCAGGGGGAAAUUUGAAAGUAGUUUGGGUAGGAAUUGAAGAAGUUUGAGAAGUUCCCCUGAUCUUCAGGGUUUUCGUGGUGGGACCAAAAUUUAAAAAUUUGGUUUCAAUUUUUGGGUAAAAUACGCCAACGUAUGUGGAGUUUUCAUUAAAAUUUAUCAGGUAGUAAUUUAUGUACAAUUUUACGCUAUGGCAAGAGAUUUGGAGAACUUUCCCUGAUUUCCAGGGUUUUCGUGGUGGGACUAAAAUUGAUAAUUGAAUUCUUGGGUAAAAUACGAUAUACCGAUUUGGAAUUUCAUUAAAAUUUAUCAAGUAAUAGUUUGAAUACAAUUUUACGCUAUGUCAAGAGAUUCGGAGAAGUUCCCCUGAUUUUCAGGGCUCUCGUGGUGGUACCUAAAUCGAAAAUUGAACUUUUGGGUAAAAUACGACGUAUUUAACAGUAGUAAUAUGAGUAAAACUGAUCAAGCAGUAAUUUGAACACAAUUUUACGCUAUGGGAAGAGAUUUGGAGAGGUUUCCCUGAUUUUCAGGGCUUUCGUGGUGGGACCCAAAAUUUAAUUUUUACAAUCUUUAAAAUACGUAUAGCCUUUCUGGAUUGGCGUCAGAGAGGGAUUUUGAGAAAAUUUAGUAUUUUCCGAUUUUGAUUUUAGCUCAAAAAUCGGUAUUUUAGACGUAACGCCGACCUGGAGGUACGAUCCCUGGAAUUUGACGAUUUUGGCAAAAAACUGGCCAAAGAUGCCCAUGUUUCCCCCGAUUCCCUGAUCCAAAUGGCCCUCCAAUGUGCCUACUAUCGCUUGCAUGGCACUGUUGUCCCCACGUAUGAGACUGGAACGCUCAGAAAGUUCAAGGACGGCCGAACCGACACGGUCCGCCUCCCAAACGAGUCCUCGAAACAAAUGGUCGAGGCGCUGGCGGGCCCCAUCCAACGCGACUCUGUCGCCGAACAAUGCUCGUUGCUGGUGAAGGCCUGUGACGCCCACAAGCAGUAUGUGAACACGGCGAUGAGCGGCAAAGCCAUGGAUCGGCACAUUUUGGGAUGGAAAAUGAUCGCCGCCGAAGAGGGAAUCGAAUUGCCCCCUUUGUUGCAAGGAAAAGCAUUGCAGAGACUUGUCAGAUUCCAGGUAGGAUGUUUGGGAUCGAUUUUGGAGGGUUUCAGCGCGUUUGGGGAGAUUUCAAGUUUUCGUUGUGGGACCUGGAAGAGAUAGAAUUUGUUGGUUUAGUAGAAAGAACAAUGUUGAAAACACCUUAUAAGAGUAUAUAACUGUUUUGGACGCAUUUUUGGGAGAUUUGAGGCGGUUUGGUAAAGAUUCAAGUUUUCGUGGUGGGACCUGGAAGAGAUAGAAUUUGUUGGUUUAGUAGAAAGAACAAUGUUUAGAAAGACUGUAAAAGAGUAUAUAACUGAUUUGGAAGCAUUUUUGGGAGAUUUGAGGCGGUUUGGUAAAGAUUCAAAUUUUCGUGGUGGGACCAAAAAAGUUGAAAAACAUCAAAAUUAAGACUGAAUAUGACUGAUUAUGAGGAAUUCAUGCGAUAGGAAGCUUAAUAAAGAAGUUGGAGCUAAUUUUUACAGUAAAAAGUCAAGAUUUCGUGGUGAGACCUGAAAAUAAAAAUUAUUUUAAAAUCAUUGAAAUACAGUUUUUAUUGAAAUAUAUAGGAUGCUAGAGUAAGUUACUCAGCUUUAUAGGUCAUAUGAAAUCUUUUUUCUCCAAUUUUUAGCCGAUAUUAUCCAUCUGAUUAUAUUACACUUGCCAAUUUCAGAUCUCCACCAGCCAAGUCCCGACCAAAAACGAACUCCAUCUCGGCUUCGGACCCUCGGAGCCGGACUGCUACGGAAUUUGCUACAAUCCGAGAGAAGACCGGAUCUACUUUACGAUCACUGCCUACCACAGCCACCCCAAAACUUCGGCGAAACUCUUCCAGCAAUCGCUGGUCAGCAGCCUGCGCGACUUCCGCCAAAUCUUCAUCGACUCUGGCCGAAUCCAGCUCAAAAACAAACUCUAA